CUCUUCAGAUAUUUACCUGCUCCAGGAAGUUUUCGAAUUGAGCUUUGUCAGAUAUAAAACUGUAGAACAUUUAUAAUUGUUGUGAACUUCUUUCCAUUUGAUUGAAGCACUUGCGGUGCCACAGGAUGAUCUCUCAACCUGCUAUUAUUAAAGGGUCUCAAAUCUUUACAAUCUUCAACCUAAUCUUUCUUCUAUCUCUUUCCUCCACCCAAAGUCAAAACACUGGUGGUGAUGUUCCUUUAGCUGGUAAACGAUUUCCUUGGCCUAACCUUCCUUACCAAGCUGAUACUGGAAGCGGAGUGAGAGGGACUCAAUAUGGUUACAAUAUUUGUAAUGCUACUACUCAAACUCCAGACUCUAGAUGCCAAACAGCUUGGUUAGACUCCAUCGAUGGGUUUUGUUUAUGGGGAGCUCAAGCUCCAAAUUCAGUUGUAGGAGAUAUCGAAGGUGAAACGGUGGCUUAUUGUACCAAGAAGAAAUAUGGAGCCCGUAUGAUUCCAGCCGGUGCGAUCCAAGGGAUCCAAUUAACCAGAACCCCAGGAUAUAUUCAAAUAGUAGGACAAAUCGAUCAAACAGCAUUGAAUAUUAAGCCGGAUGAUGCAGGAGGAGAAUUAGAUCCACAUGGUGCAGAUCUCAGAGGAAAUCCGUUAGGAGGUUUAGUUUAUUCAACAGCUUUCGGAAAGAAUGGUCAGAGUAGUAAACCGAUACAAGUGAUCGAAUGGUCGAGUUUUAUUGGAUCAAAUAUAUUUUGUUUCAAAGCUUGUGAUCCAGCCGGACCUGACGCAGCUAGAUUAUGUGAACAUAUCUAUGAUCGAGUCGGUUGUGAAUAUAAUAUGCCAGCAAACUAUACGGCAAUCGCAGGUACCUUUCAAGCCUGCAGAGGUGAAAAUCAACUACCAGUAGGAGUUUACAUAGAAAAUGGAGUACAAAAAGUUUGGCCUCAACCACCUGAAUCUGCUGGAAUAAUUAAACUUAGUGAUAUUCCAUAUAAACCUUUAAUCCCUACUAUAACAGAUUGUCAAUCUUACGAUCCAGCUACAUUAUUCAACGAAUUACCUGUGGCUCCCGCAACACCAAAACCAUCAGCUAUAUCCACACCUACCCCCAAUGGCGGUCAAACUGUUCCACUCACAAAUAACACAGGUAUCACGAAUUCUCCUAGUGCUUCCAACACUUUGAAUAGUACUUCUUCUUCGAAUGGUGAAGCAACUGAUAGACAAGUCGCAAGUGCAAAAUCAGAUGGUGCAGCUUUAGUUUUCUCAAAUACCAUUACCCUGAGUUUAUUUCUCGCCAAUUUCAUUGUAAUUGGUUUCUCACUUGUACCUUAAUUGAUGAUCGCUUGCUUGAUUUCAUACUGGGAUAGUCUUCGAUUAUUUUCACUCUUAAAAUAAUUAUUCUUGAUAAAACUUCCUUCUUGAUCAGAAUUAGGACUUGGACUUAUGAUUGUGAUACCCUGCCUCUUUGAAUCUUGUUAAAAUUCAUAAUGUUUUUCUGGUAACCUGUUAACGAUCUUUCAAUUUGACUAAUCAUUAUUGCAUUCAUCAGUGUUCCACAUCC